AUGUCCCAGCUCACGCCAUGGGGCCUGCACCUGUCCAUGGAGGAAGACCCCCGGCCUGGACCCUCUCACCUCAGCCCUGCGCUGCCCCAGCAGACACCGCGGCGGCGGCGGCAAAACAGGGCAUCACUGGCCAACCACGUGCAGGAGGUGCGCCUGCUCCGGGUGGAGUCGAUCAGUGACCUGCACAGCGGAGGCUUGCUGUGCCCCUACCUGGCCGAGGAGGCACAGCCAUGGGAUGAGCUGCUGGGCCUCUUGCCUCCUGGCUGCAGCCGCGGGGGCUUCCUGCUGCUGCUCGCUCUGCUGGUGCUCACCUGCCUGGCGCUGGCCAUCCUGGGGGUCUACCUGAGUGUGCUGCAGAGCGAAUCCCUCCGCACAAUGGCGCACACACUGCACGCGCAGGAGGAGACCUUACUCAAGCUGCGGCUGGCCAGCCUCAGCCAGCUGCGGAGGCUCAACUCCAGCGAGGCCCGGGCGCCCAGCUGAGAUGUGCCUGGGCCUGGAGCCGGGGGUGUGCUGGGGGAAUAAAGCGGCCCUUGGCAGGUUUCUCCUCUCCCACUGCUGCUCCACCUACUUCCUGGUGAGGUUUCUGUUCAAGAAGCGGAUCUGCCCCACAGCUGACCGCCUCUCCUGGCUUCUUCGGGCCAGGCCUAGCCGGGUCCCCUGGGGCCAAGGCCCGGCUCUGGGUGGCCCAAGGUCAGAGGCGGCGAUGCCAGCUUCCGGACUCUCCCUGCGGCCUGCCAGCAUUCCUUGGCCUCCCCAGAGAGCAGGUUCCCAAGUCUAGAGACAGCUGCCCCCACCCCAACUUUGCCGAGCUUCCCAGAGGGUUCCCGCCUCCGCUCUCCAGACAGACCAGGCUGAGCAGGGGGCCGUCUGGGGAGGCUCCGGAGGGCCAGGCGAGGC